CAGUUUUGAGGUUGUUUGCAUUCCCUACGGCGCUUCUUUUGAAUAUGCACACCUUUCUCUCGUUUGAUUGUCGGAUGUAUUUAAAUGUUUUAUGUGAUUAAAUUUCACGUGCUUAAAGAUGGAAAAUUUUGUACUUUAUGACGAAAUAGAAAAAAAUUCUGAGCAAGUUAUAUAUAAAGCGAGACGAAAGGGAACUAUUAAAUACUUAGCCGUUGCCUGUGCUGAAAAGCACAGACGGCCAUUAAUUUCCAAUCAUGUAAGAGUAUCUCAUGAAUUGAAACACAAGAAUGUUCUCCAAUUUUAUGAGUGGUAUGAAACCAGUAAUCACCUGUGGCUGGUUAUGGAGUUAUGCACAGGUGGUAGCCUUGAGCAAGUUAUUAGAGAAGAUCGUUUUCUUUCCGAAAGUGUGAUCAGGAAAUUCGGAACAGAUAUUGUCCGUGGUUUACGGUAUGUCCACUCGAGGGGCGUUGUUUUUAAUCGGUUACUACCAUCCCGUUUUUUACUAGAUGGUAGCGGAACCGUCAAGUUGUUUGACUUUUCUUUGGCACAUGCAGAGGAUGAGGUUUUAGAAGAUCUCUUGACCCGCUUUUGCGAGGAAGAUGACUACCAAAAUGACUGUCUGCGUGAUCUUACUGUUCAUUCUGAAUAUGAUUCACCUGAAGCAAUAACUCAGAAUUCCAACUCCAAAAUGUCUGAUUACUGGGGUCUCGGUUGUCUCUUCUAUAACAUGUUUUAUGGACGUCCACCAUUUACUAGUACAUCACAGGAGGAGCUGGAUAGAAGGAUAUUACACCAAGAGCCUGAUUUAUCGAAUUCAGAUGUCAACAGUCCACCAUCUCCCCUCUUUAAAUCUCUUUUGUCCGCACUAUUGACUAAAUCUGUAUCGAAACGAAUAAAUGAAAAUGAUUUGAUCAAACAUCCGUUUUGGCAUCAACGUAUUUCUGUUACAGAACCAGUUAAUUCAACUGAAAACACAACUGUCAUAAAUAAGACAUCAACUGAUACACGAAGUGAUGAAUCCAAGCUGAGCACAUAUGAAAAGGUGGAUUCUACAAAUAUUAAAUCAAAAAAUAGUGAUGACACACCGACAUUAUCACAUUACAAUGAAAAAUUAAUAAAUACAAUGGAAGGCAAUGAAAAGCCUCAAUCAUUUGAUUCAGCCAUAUCUAAUUCAGAUGCUUCAACGUCUUCAGUCCCGCCAGUAAGUGAAAAUGAGCAUACACUACAUGCUAUUACAAAUGCACCGCUUAACAAUAAUUCUACGAAUCAUGAUAAUCGAAAUCAUCACCAUAAUUAUAAUAGUAAUAAUAAUGAUAAUCAUAAUCAUAAUACAUUAUCUACAAAUAAUACUACAAAUGGCGGAAAUAUACAAUAUUCAAAAUCAGGUGAACAACAAAUAACAAAUUCUAAUGGCCAUUCGACAGUAAAUAACACACAUAAUACAGAUAAAUUGAAAAUGAGAAAAAAUCAAUUAUAUGCUAAUGAUAGAAUGGUACAAAGUGAAUAUAAUACCGCAACAUCAACUCUUAGUCAAGCUCAAGAAGAAAUCUCCAGAAAUAUUUUCAAUCUAACAAGAACAACUGCAACUGUACAUAGUGAUGAAAAGGGUUAUACCUUUAAUUUAGAUUCACUGGAAUUAUCAACGUUUAAAUCACUUCAGUUAAGAUCAAAUCUUGCUCUUAUCUAUCCAUGGGGUGAUGAUUCAACAAAUUUUCCUCGUGAAAUGAAAUCAAUAUCAGACUUAUGGACUGCAUUUACUACUACUACUAAUAAUAAUAAUAGUAAUAGUACUAAUAAUUCUGAUUCAGAUCAAAAGAAAGGUGCAACUGAUGGUGGUGGUGGUGGUGUCUUGAAUUCAUAUUUUCAUAGUGGUUGGCGUCCUAAACCGUUAAGUGAUUAUAUACGUUGGGCUCGAGUUAUGCCGCCUACAAAAGUUGAUGGAUUAACGCGUCUGUAUAAUCCAAUAGCAUUGCAUACAAUUUCAGCAGAAGAACUUGAUCAACAUAUCUGUGAGGUUGUAAGUUUAUUUCGUACUCGAAGUUCCGAUGCUAGUGAAAAUACAUCGAGCCGUUUGUCCACUAUCCGAUCAUCACCCAAUAGAUCAGCAAUUAAAAGUUACCGUACAAAUUUACUGGGAUAUUUGAUUUGGUUAAUGGCCGCUGCAAAUUCUAGCAGAAAUAAAAGUCGUUUGUCUGUCAAUAGUGCUGCAGAUGCACGUUCUCACCUUAUUGGAAUUCAAAUGGCACCUGAUUUGUUAAUAGAAUUAACAAAACAAUUACGAUCCGGUGCUGUUCUGCCGAGUGAUGUACGAACAGGAUUAUGUCGUUUGUGCAGCUUGGUAUCAUUUCGUGUUGCUUCAUUUUUAAUUCAACUGAACAAUAAUGAGUUGGAUGUAGAUCCUUUGAAUUUGAUUUCGCCUAGUACUGGAACAUUAUUUUCCAACUGUCUUACUGUUUUAAUAGAUAUUAUACGUGAAUCUUCAUCACGUUGUAGUCUACGUUUACGUCAGGCUGCUGUUAUUGCACUAGGUGAAGUGUUAACCUGUUGUACAUGUUUAUUGGCGCAUAGUUCUCAAAAAUCCGGUACACUAACCAUAGAUGCUCAAGCCAUUCAAUGGCAAACUGCUGUUCAUCACUUAAUACGCAUUAUAACAAGUAGCAGUAUAACCAGUGCUACACUAGGCUCAAAUUCUGCUGCCAACGAACCUGCAUCUAUUCUAGAUGCAUUCGAUAACACCUCUAUACGAACUGGAGAAUCUGCACUUGGUGGGCGUAAUUCACUUACAGUCGAAGAAACAACAACAACAACCUCAACAAAUAUUACUACAAAGAUUACGGAAAUCCAUGUUCGUCUUAGUGCUGCAAAAUCUUUGGACGCUUUCGUUACUGCAAUACACGGUUGUCAGUUGUAUGAUGUAACUGUAAGCGGUUCAUUGAAUGAGUCAAUCUCAGCAUGUCUACAGUCUGUUACAACUGGUGAUAUAGUCAGUCGGUUAUGGUCACACGGGAUUAUGGAUUCAAGUACAAAUCGAACUGGUAUCAAUCCUAUUCAACAAGAACUCACUCUAUCCUGUGCAACUACUCUAGCAGGAAUAAUUCGUUUAAAUCCAAGUCUAUUUACAUCAGGAUUGAUCGAUAGAGUUGGAUCUUUAGCCUUCAUUGGAUUGAUUGAACCACCAGCGUCUGGAUUAGCUUGUCAACAAACAGAUUUAAUUGCUCGACUACUAUCCACUGCUACUUCUGGUUUAUUACCUCCGUUAAUUAUUAAAUCUUCAAAUACAGUGAUACCAAAAGUGAAAAGAGCUCAUUCAUUAACAGGUAAAAUAUCACGUCAUUCAAUCACUGGUAUAGUUGGUGCUGGUACACCAGCUGCAUGUCGACGAUUACUAUCUGAACAGAAAUUUAUCAAUGCUAUAUUCCGUCAUUUAGAAAGUCCACACGCUAUGCUACGAGCUAAAGCCUUCUUAUUAUGCUCUGCUAUAUUGGCUAAUUCACCACAGGAGAGUUUACCCAUUGCCUGCAAUCAUCGACUUCCAAGUCUACUUGAACGUAAUUUAAAAGCUACACGAACAUUGAAUCACAGGUAUAAUGAUGCAUUUGAUUAUAGUUUAACAAAAUCAUCAAAUAUCUCAUCAGUAUCAUCAGGUCAGAAUAGUGAAUCACCGAGUACAGUGUAUCUAGCAGCGUGUAUAACACAUAUGGCGGAUAUAUUAGUCUAUGAUAUCAUUCCAACUAUAUGUCAUCAAAUAUUGCUAGCUGUUGGUUUAAUUACAACAACAACACGUAAAACUACUGGAGCUACAAAUCCUUUCACACGACAAACAUCUACAUCAUCAUCAAGCAGAAAGACUAGUCGUACAUCAUCAGCGAAUGUAUACAGUCGACAAGCAUCAACCAAUUCUAUUAGUAGUGGUGGUGGUAGCACUAGUAGCAGUGGACAAACAUCAAAUUUAAACGGCAAUGCCUCUUCAAGUCAAAUUAAUUCACGUGCAUUGCUGGCUGCUUUUAGUUGCCUGCCGGUAAUUUUAAGCGGUUGUGGUCCUAUACGCCUACGGUUAUUUCAUCCACAAGAUUUAAAGCUGUCAUCAAGUGAAGUGAAUAGUAAGGAGUGCUAUUCAACGAAUAAUGCAGGUGUUAAUUUAGCCGCUGUCAGUUCAUCGUCUUCAUCAUCCUCAUCCUCGGGUGUUGCUCCUAAUGGAUCAUCUAGUGAAUCAAAAUUUUGUUUAUUAUCAUUUAUUAGUCGUUUGUUAGACCAUUGGACAUCAGCAGAUUCUGUCAGUGUAGCUGCUGGACUGUUUUCAGUACAUCAUUCGGGGAGUUUCGAAGAAGAAAUACUCAGCGUUGUCUUGACAAUUAUUGAAGAUAUUAGUCAACAAUCGAAUUUAGUAGAGAAACGUAAACAAGAUCUGAUAUGUCUUAUUCUCCCUGGACUAGCACGUUUAGCUGUUUGUUCAAACACGAAACCUGAAGUACGCUCAAUAUGCGUAAAGAUCAUUACCAAUUUAGCGUCAGUAUUUCUCGGUGAAUCUGAUAUAGCUGGUUCAACAGCAAGUCUAGUUGAACUUGAACGUGCCUAUUCAGUAACUUCUUUCGGAUCAGAAGAUCACAAUUCAUCUAGUCAACAACUAAGAAAAUAUGACCGCGUGUCUACAGGAGCUAGUGAAAGACCGUUGAGUGCAGAUGCAGAUGUUUUGUUAACUGGUGUUACUAAAAUGAAGAAAAAUGAUAAAACAAAUAGUUAUUCAAAUUUACAUCAUGGUAUACCAAGUCGAAUGACUACUUCACACUAUACACCUGGACGACCCUCGAGUGAGUAUACGAAUAAACCACGUGGAUCUUUAGGAAAUGCAUUUGGUGGUGGUGGUGCUGGUGGUGGUGGUCAUACAAGAGUGAAAAAUUAUCGAAUUGAUCCUAAUCAAAAUCCUGAUUGUAUUGGUAGUGCUAUUCAACCACCGUCUCCUGAUUACCUUAUGCUAAAUAAAGGUAAUUCACUCCUCACAUGCCCUGAAAUUACAGCUCCGACUGCAUUUCUACGCCUGUUUUGUUUACUGCUGAAAUGUGCUUCCCAUGAUUGUUAUUUUGUAAAGUAUUCAUCUUCAAAUAAUACACUAACAACGCCAACUUCUAAUCCUCCGAUUAAUAAUAAUAAUAAUAAUACUUCAAAAAAUCAAGAAAUUUAUGAUUCUACAAAGGAUUUUAUCCAGCAAUUAAUUAUAGAUGAAACACAUAUGUUUAUUAAAAAUUUCUCCACUUAUGGAUUAGAUAUUUCUUUGGUACGUUUAUUAGCCUCACAACUUCUAUCAUCAUCAUCAUCUUCGUUUGUAUCAUGUCAACCGCUUUCAUCGUCGACAGGGUCAACACGUGGUGGCUCUGUGACAUCAAAUCUCUGCCUUACUUUAUUUGAACUUAUCCCGUUGUUAUUCCGUUGGUCUAACCUGUGUAAACCAGAUUAUUUAAUUAUAAAACUGCGUCUUUUAGAAUUGGUUACAAUCGCUUGUUUAGAGAUUGGACAGAUACUAGUCCCGGAGACAAAUUCUAAUGAUGAAGGAAAUCAAUCAGAGAUUGUAAAUAAAAAAUUGUACACUCCAGGAAAACAGUCAACCAUAAAUCAACGUAUUCGUAAUCGCUAUAAAUCUCCAUCUGGUAUCCACGCUACAAAAUCGGAUUCUCAUCAACAUUCAGUUCGUUUAUUACCUGCAGUAAGCAAUGUAUGUGCACCAAUGCUUGCUGCACUUGGAGCUAUGAAUGCACUUUUAGGCUAUGUUGCUGAUUUAGUACGAUUAGCUUUAGCUGCACGAGCUUCAAAUGCACCAGAUGCUAAAAAAACUGCUAUGGCUGCUGAAGAAAUUUUGAUUGCUGCUAGACCACAUCCUAAAUUGGCUGGUUUACUUGCUCGUCUUAUCGGUUUGUGGCGACCGCAUCGAUUGCCUACAAUCCAGCCUAAUGUCUGUGAAGCUGAUCUACACGAUUGGAAAAAAUUAAUAACCACAUCUAUUCAAGAACAAAAUUAUGAAGAUCAAAUUUGUUUCCAGUUGUGUGAAGCUUCAAUCACCGCUUUAACCAAUUAUGCAUCUUUAUACGGCGGUGAAUAUUCACGUAGUGCACUAGUGCCUUCAUCAACUGAUUCUUUGUCAUUAGGUUUAUUAAGAUUAGCUGAAGAAGAUCAACUGCUUCAAAUGAAACAACAUCAUGUCUCAAAAGAAACACUAAAGAAUUCUUCUGAUUCAUUCAAUUCAAAACGUAGUACCCAUUGUCGACGACGUAUGCGUCUUUUACUUCGAAUAAUAAGACGUUUAGUAUUUUCAGAUCCGGUUUGUCGUGCUCGUCUAGGCUCACCUACAAGCUCAACAAAAUUUAGCACAAAUCUAUUCACCACGCUAAGAUUUCUUUUAAUUAUAACACAACGUUCAGCUGAUGCUUCAACAAGUAAACUUUUAAGAGAAAUUAUUGAUCUCCUGUCGCCUACAUUACGUCCAAAUCAUGAAAGAAACGCUAUUAGCACUGACAGAAAUCCUCAUAAUCGUUCUACGCCUGUUCAAGCUGAAUCGUCAUCUAACAGAAUUAUUUCAAAAGCUGCUGCCUAACUAAGAGGUUAAAUUUUAUAUAUAUAUAAGACAUCUCACUGUUUUGUACUCAAACAACUCAGAUCAAACUAUGUGAUGAGUAAUUGUUUUUUUUUACAUUCUUUCCUGGUGGAACGCUAGAAUAUACAGCGAAAUCUUUUCUUUAAAAAAAAAAACAAAAACAAAAACAAACAACCGUAUCUUUCAGAUUGUAUAAAAUUGUUGGUGUAUUUCUUCUUCUUCUAUGCUUUUUGUUCAAUCAAUAUUUGUUCAAAUUUCAAUUUUUGUUUAUAUAGGCUAAUAAAAUAGAUAUACCUCUCUCUUUAUUUAAAGCAUCAAAAUUUUAGUGAAAAUGACAGGCUACUUUUGUACAUAUUAUACAUAUAUAAUUAUUAUUAUUUUUGUUUAAAAUAAAAAGUGUUUGGAGCUGUAAACAUUUCAAGACAUGUGAGGGGAUCCAGUAUAAUUGUUAUAGUUAAAAUAAUAAUAAUAGUAGUAAUGAAGACAAACUAUAAUUAUCUUUAUUACAUACAACAUAUAUAAUGUGUAACGACGUUUCAACUAUUCUCUGUAUUUACAUUGUAUAAAUUACACUCACUCACACACACUUGCAAACCUACAUACAUAUCUUUGAACAUUAUGUUUCAUUCCACUUGUUUUUCUCUUUUUUGUGAUUUUUUUUAGAUUUUUUAUUUGCUGUUUGUUUGUUUUUUUCUAAAAAAAAACAAAAAAUAAUUUUCAAAAUAUGGAAAUAUAUGCAUAAUUCUCUA